AUGGAGCGACUUGUUGAGAAUGGCGACGGUCAGCUCACCAUUAAGAAUCUACAACGGCCGCAAAAAAGAGGCCCGACGGCGAUCCUGUCAGCGGAGGACAAGGAGAACCAGAAGCGAGUUGCUGAGGCUCGAAAGAAAUAUGGACGUGGUAUGCCCGUUCGUGUGAAUCAAGUGAAAGACAAAAAGCUGCGAGCAAAUCUCAAGAGAAUCGAAUCCAAGUAUAAGGACGCCGUGCUCAGUGCCAAAGAUGCGGAGAUUCUGUACGAGAAUGAGGAGGGUUUCUUGCAGCCGGAGUCAGAACUCGAGAAGACAUACAAGAUUCAGCAGAGCGACAUUGUCGGUGCAGUUGGUGUACAGCAGGCGAAGAAAUCGGUGGACUUCAAAUUGGACAUGGGUCCGUACACAGCGGACUACACUCGGAACGGACGCAGCCUGCUCCUCGCCGGUCGUAAAGGUCAUGUCGCUACUUGCGAGUGGCGAGACGGUCGGCCUGGGUGCGAAUUGAACCUCAACGAAACCAUCAGAGACGCGAAGUGGUUGCACAACGACCAAUAUUUUGCGGUGGCCCAGAAAAAGUAUACUUACAUUUACGACCACGCAGGAGUCGAGAUACACUGCCUGAAGAAGUAUGUCGAGACAAGCCAUCUCGAGUUUCUGCCUUACCACUUUCUACUCGCUGGUAUCGAGAACAGCGGGUUCUUGCGAUACACCGACACUUCGACGGGACAGAUCGUGGCUGAACAUCCAACACGAAAAGGUGCACCCACCGCCAUGGCCCAGAAUCCAUGGAACGCAAUUAUACACGUCGGACACCAGAAUGGCACCGUGUCACUCUGGUCACCAAACUCUACAACACCGCUGGUCAAAAUGCAGACCAAUUUUGGACCCGUUCGCUCCAUUGGUAUUGAUCGAUCGGGUCACUACAUGCUCGCCGGAGGCCAGGACCUGCGUUUGAAGUUGUGGGACAUUCGAGCAUUGAAAGAAGUGCAUUCGUACAGCACGAGGCAGCCUGCGAGCAGCAUAUCGAUUUCGGAUCGUGGGCUCGCUGCCGUGGGUGCUGGAACCGGGGUUACCAUUUGGAAAGACCUGUUCACCCACUCCUCCGGUGAUGUUUCGAAAGUGCAAUCUCCGUACCUGAGUUGGGGUGAGCAGGGUGUGCCCAUCUCGCGCGUCGAAUUUUGUCCGUUUGAUGAUAUACUUGGCGUCUCUCAUUCCCGAGGAUUCUCGUCAAUCAUUGUGCCGGGCGCUGGUGAGGCCAACUACGACGCACUUGAAGCCAAUCCGUACGAGACCAAGAAGCAACGACAGGAAGGCGAGGUCAAGUCUUUGCUCAACAAGCUUCAGCCAGAGACGAUUGCCUUGGACCCAAACUUUAUUGGUUCGCUGGACCUCCGCUCUCAUGAGCAGAGAAUGCGGGAGAAAGACCUAGACUCGCCAGUGGUUGACCCGCUGGCGAAAUUGAAAGAGCGCAACCGGGGCCGGGGCAAGAACAGUGCGCUGAGGCGACAUCUGCGGAAGAAGGGAGGGAAGAACAUCAUUGACGAGAAACGAGUCAGAAUGGAGGAAAUGAAGAAGGAGAAGGUGGAAAGAGGGAAGGCCAAGACGCGAGAAGAACAGGUCGAACUCGGCCCUGCAUUGGCCAGGUUCGUUGGUAAAAGGCCUUGA